UUUCAUAAAUAUUUGAGACGAUCACUUGUGAUUAUUUUGCUACAAAAAUGGUGUGUGUUUUAAAAUUAUCGUUGAUUGUGCUAUUAACUUUUUUGCAAAAAGUUGUAAAUAGUUUUGUUGACGAGCAAGAAAAUCAACAUUGUGUUUGUGUACCUUACUGGCAAUGUAAAGAAGACUAUAGUGGACUGGUUGAGGAUGGAGGGGAAGUCAUGGAUGUAAGAAAGGAAAGAGAAGCCAGUAAUGAUUAUGAGGUUCCUUGUACCAACGAUUUUGACGUUUGUUGUCCAGUCGAAUGCGGAAACAGGAAACUUUCUAGUAACGACAUUUUGACUGCAAGACAAUUUGAGGAAGAAGUUUUCGGAUUCAGAAUUCUGGGAGAAAACAAUGAAGCUGAAUUUGCAGAAUUUCCCUGGAUGUUAGGAAUUUUGGAAGGAAAAACAUAUAGAUGUGGUGCAUCUUUGAUACAUCCACAAGUUGCUGUGACAGCUGCUCACUGUGUAAGGAACGAAGGAGUUUAUAAGAUUAGAGCAGGUGAAUGGAAUUGGGAAUCAAGUUCUGAGCCUCUGCCACAUCAAGACCAACAUGCAAAAAAGAUUAUAAUUCACCCUCAAUUUCACCCAGCAUCGCUUCGGAAUGAUAUAGCAAUCAUCAUCCUGAAAUCCCCCUUCAAACUAAGCGAAAAUAUUGGACUAAUCUGCUUACCUUUUCGAGGGGCACGACUAGACAGUAAAAGCUGCGUUGUUUCGGGCUGGGGUAAAAACUCACAUAAAAAAGGAACCUACCAGUCUACCUUGAAAAAAAUGGACUUACCUUUGGUCCCCAGAAACCGAUGCGUGAAGACAUUACAAGAUAAGAAACUUGGACCAUUUUUCAGCCUUCACCAAAGCUUUAUUUGUGCAGGAGGGGAAUCUGGGAAGGACACUUGUAAAGGUGAUGGGGGAAGUCCACUGAUGUGUCCUAUUAAGGGAAAACCUGGGAAGUAUCAUCAAGUUGGGAUCGUGUCUUGGGGUCUUACUUGCGGGCUGCAAAAUACGCCAGGAGUUUAUGUUAACGUUAUGAUGUUCGUAGAUUGGAUUGAUAAAGUUUUAAAAUCACAUGGCUUUGAUACUACUGUAUACAAAUAUAGAUGAAUAUAAAUGUUAUGUCCAGCCGCCAGAAAUUUUAUUUUUUAAAACAGGACGAACAAAUUGAAUUUGGACGAAGAGAUCAAUUUUAUGACCCGAUAAAAGAUGAAAAAAGUGUUACCACUUCUACCUUCUGGCUUCCGCCUAAAACCCCUCUCGUAGGGGGGAGGGAAAAUAUCGAUUUACCAAGACACUUUAUUUACAAUUUUUGUGUAGAGUGAAUCGUUCUGUAAGAAAUAACGCUUGAUGCGACCGGCGAUUUUUAAUGUCAGUUACGCGUGCGCAAUAAUUAUUUUUAAAUAAAAUUUACUUAUAUCAAUUGAUCAGUAAAAAUUCGAUAUCUUUUGAUCAGAGUGUCUUAUCGACAAAACAAAAAUGCGUUUUAAAGGUGAAGAGUGCAGUCGUAUGCAAUUUCUGCGUUUUCUGCCAUAAAUGAGUUCAGUUUCUAUAAAUAAAUAAAUGUGUCUAUAAUAAGUUGAUUUCGCGCGCGUAACUGACAUUCAAAAUCACCGGUCGCUUCGAGCGUUGUUUCUGCGAGAAUGUUCCAUUCUACACAAAAUUGUUUCUUUAUCAAAAUUGUUCAAAAUAAGCUCAGCUACAUUUCUUGUUUGAAAUAUUUUUUUUCUAAAGCUUACAGAUUAUUGGAAAAUCGAAGUUUUUCGUUUUUCUCCCUAAGAGUGGGGUUUCAAGAGGAAGACCGGGAUUAGGAGUUGCAAACUUUUUUCAUCUUUUUUGCGGCCCAAAAUUGACAGCCUCAGCAAAAUUUAACUUGAUCAUAUGAUUUUUAGAGAUUUAAUGGCAUUUUCGUCCUUACGAAUGGACUAUGGCGUAACUUGAUAGUAGUGACAGUAUACAAUUAGAACGUUAAGAUUGGAAUAAAUUCAGUUUUUCAUUAUUGGGCGAUUUUGGAAAAAAAUUCCGACACAGAUCGAUUUUUCUUUUUAAAUUACGAUUUUUUGACAUAUACAGCAUGUCUACUUAAGUUGAA